UUUGAUUUCUGAGCCAAAGAACGACGACAACCAGAGAGAGGGAGUGGCAGACACGGUAGGCAAGGUACAGACUGUGCAGCGCAGCAGGGGAAAGGCACAUCAGGAGACAGAGCAGGCAGAGGCAUCCAUUCGAGGCUUCCUCAACCAUUCGCCCGCACACCUCCCUCAUUGCAGUCCAUGCGCAGCAAGCAGCCAAGCAUGAGAUGACAGGCCAGCAUCGCUCCUCCCUUGUGCCCUUCGCAGGCCUUCUCUGGCUCUUGCUCAUAUGCGCAACCGCAGCGCAGAGUAAUCUCAACCUCACCUUUACCAAUUGCCUCAAUCCGCGAUCCAGAAAUGCAUCCACACCGCUCUUUACGCCGUUGCGCGUCGUGGCCGACCUCAAUACAACCUCGCAACGGCUGCGCUUCUCCAUCUACGGCAACGUUACUGGAUCUAUUGCUGAUACAAACGAAGAGAACACGCUUGCCAGUGCAUUGACAAAUACAAUUGAAGUGUCCGGCUACACUCAACGUCGUGUUGAAGAGCGGCUGUGCAAUAUCUCCUAUAACGAUGCUGCCAUCUAUGCUGGCGCUCGCGUCAAGACUUGCCCCGUUGGACCGGGCCUUGCGCAUCUAGAGUUUGAGACGCCGCUUGAUUUCGGGUAUACCUUUUCCAGCAUCACCAACACCAUUCGCAUUAAUGAUCCAGCCUCAACCAACUACGAAGCCGGUUGUCUGCAGGUCACUGUGACGCCUCCCUUCCCAGAUGAUCUGGACGCCAUCCUCACCUACGUACCGCUUGCCAUCUUGAUACUCGUUGGUAUUAAGGUUGUCCUUGUGGCUGUGCUCAACCCCUGGUCCGGUACACUUGACCCUUACCGCUCCUUCUCAAAUUUUGGCAUGGAUACCAAUGCCUUGCGGAUGGCGACACCUGGAUUCUCGGAUUGCUUGGCGUAUAUCCAAUUCGCAGCGUAUACAUCCAUGCUUCGGCUGAGCUAUCCUGGCUUUUUUCAGCUCGCCACCUCUCGCUUUGCAUGGUCACUGCUGUUGUUUGAGUCAAGUCCCAUUACCAAAGCACUCAAUUUUUUCCCACAGCGUAACAGUGACAUCGCCUCCUUCAUCAACCACGUCGGUGCCGCUCGACAAGAUGCCUGGCGGUCGUUCAUGAUUUGGUUUCUCAUCAUUGAAGCAUGCGUUGCUGCACUCGUGGGUAUACUCGUGGGACUCUGGUGGCUAUUGACGCCGUCGUCAACGGACUUGACCAUGAAGAAUCUUCCGUUCCUUGGAGGUUGUUUGCUUCGGAUAUACUAUUGGCUGCUACUCCCACUCAGUCUCUUUACCUGCUACCAGCUUGUCACUGCCCAACAGAGUAAUGCAGGUCUAGUCGCAAGUGCUGCACUCGUCCUGAUGAUCUUUGUGGUCUUGUUCCCGGUUGGCCUGCUCAUUAUGCUGCCAAGACAUCAACCGCAGCAAGACUUGUUUGAAGACAUUUCGCUUCUGAAUCUCUGGGGACCGCUCUACAACACAUACAGCGAGAGCGCCAUCCUUGUCUGGAUUCCGAAUAUGAUUCUUUUGAUUGCUAGAGGUAUGGUUGUGGGCUUACUCAUCAACUAUGGCACGGCUCAGAUCGUCCUACUCAUCGCUAUUGAGGCAUUGAAUGUUGCAGUCAUCUUUUGGAAACGACCUUGGCCGGCCACUACAAAUACGACCAUCGUCCAGCUCAUCAUGAGCAGUUUCCGCAUCGUCAUUCUCUUCCUCAUGGUUCCCUUUAUUCCAAGUCUGAAUAUCGAGCCUGGCCAGCGCGAGUGGAUUGGUUACAUCGUGCUCAUCUUUCAUGCCAUCGUCAUGAUCUUUCUCGUAUUGGGCAAUUGCCUUCUGACGCUGCUUGAGUUGGCUAUUCGAUUGUUGGUGAUUGUACCGCAAGAUGAAGGUGCCAAGGUCAUCUUCGGUGCUCGACAAUUGCGCUCUCGCAGACGUCCAAAACAAUUCGCUUCAGUCAUCUUGGGCAAUGGUGCGAGCAAAGAUCACAGCAUGUCGCAACAACAGUCUUUUGCAAACUUGCUUGAAGCAAAGGAAGAUUCUCCCUUUUUCAGGAGACCAAGGCAUGGUACGCGUGCAGAGUCAAUCGUGGGUACGACACAGCAUCGUGCAAGUACACCGACAGAUGUUCUAAGUAUGAACGGUGAGUCCAUCACGAGUCGCGCGAGUCCCCUCGAUCCACCGCUGUCCGGUGACGUGCGCAGCUCAAGUUACGUACGUGUCAUGCCGUCUGAGAGUUUCUUGCUCUCUCCCUCACGGCCACACCUACACUCUCGUCCGACCAGCUCAACUACACAUAUUGCCGAUGCUGCAGACAAGUUGGAUUCCUAUGAGCUCACACUUGCCCCCACAGAAGAUGCAGAACGACGCGGUGUUGAUUAUGCCGUUCGAGAAGCAGAUAUCUAUCACCCACAAAAUUCAGGCGAAUUACUUGGACCUUCCAAGAAAUUGGGGACAGGACCAGCAGACCCGGCGGGUGUUCAUUUCAGACGCUUUAAUUGGACACCAUGGCGACGAACACGACGGAAUCCUGAGAAGGGGAAGUUUGUGGUGGUGCGCAGUUCACCCGCCAUGACGACAGGUAGUGGUGCGAUAGGUACUUCUGGGUCAGCGUUGCAGCGACGGUCGAGUAGUCUGACAAGUACAGGACAGCCUGUCCACUUGACAAGCACUGAAACGAGUCGUGUGGGACCUGCAUCGCCAACAUAUGAUAUCCAGGAGCAAGAUGAGGAGGAGUACGAUUCUAGCCCUCAUGGUCUGACUGGAACGCGACCGAGUAUCAAGAUUGAUACGAGCAAUUAUGCUGCCUUUGACUCUGUGGCUUCUCCAGACUCCUUUGAAAUGAUCUCGCCCUCCAACGAGCAAAUGCAAGCACGACUACUCAAUACUCAACAUGCACGACAGCAAGGGACAGGCAGCAGUACGAGUCGUGAGACAGACGCAAGCAGUCGUGCAACAGACCAAAUGUCCACCACGGCCGACUUGGCUAUGCUCUUACAACGACCCACUGUGGGUGAUCGCGUGGAUAGCUAUCGAUCGCAUACAUCACAUGGUUCUGUCCCUAGUGCACGAGUCAGUAGUGCCGUUCGAACGGGUCCAGGUGUACAAGCUGGUCGGUCAGCCCAACUCAUCAACCUCGACUUGGAUGCUUGAUUGAAGCGUAUGCUCCAUAUGCUCUAUUCGUUUUUACUUUGAUUUGCGAGCAUGUCGAAUUUUCUCUGUUUUUUCCUUUACUUCUUUAGAUUAGGCUUCGGCGAACGUAGUGGUUUUAGUGUUGGAUACGCAUAGCUUUUGGUGUAGCAGGCAACCUGCAGCAUUGAGUGUACGCCGUACGGACCGUUUGGUUGGACUUUGACCACAUCGAGUGCGUUAAAUUGACAGCGCGUUUAGUUUCCUGGGAAGGCAAAUGGGCGUUUCCGUCAUGGAAUUGCCUUCUUGCUGCAGGGACGCUGGAAAGCCUGAACCUCGGAUCCCGGAGCAAUUGACGACAGAGUCAUAAAACUGAGCUGCUCGCCGCGAGCCUUCACUAUUUGACCUCUUACUUCUGUUCUACACUGCUUUUGCAUCAGAGUUUGUGCUCUUUUCUUGCUGCUUCAAGCAUCUUCUUGGACAUGCAUGCUAGAGGUCGUCUAUA